CCCACGAAAGAUCUCUUGAAAUAUUUGUCAUUAAUGAACAAAAUUCUCCUCCAUUAAGGACCUGCUACUCCAACUCCAUUCACAACUUGGAUUCAGUUCAAACCCAUGAAUCAACCUUAUAUAAACAAACACAAACAGUACUAGCUUCAAUCAAAAUUAAGUAGCUAAUCAACAAUGGCGCCCGCAAGCAGAAAAAUCCCAAUGAAGAAACGUGAAACCAGAGCCAAAAGAGCCGUCACUUUCUCUAAAAGACGUUACGGAUUAUUCAACAAAGCUGCCGAAUUAUGCAUUCUUUCUGGAGCUAAAAUCGCCAUGGCGGUUUCUUCACCUUGUUCGAAACAAAACAUCUUCUCUUUCGGACACCCUUCCGUCUAUUCAGUGUUUGACGCUUUUCGUCACAAUCGUGUUCCUCCACCAGUGGAUGAUGCAAUCAAACGGUCAGCCGUUUCUCUCUAUAAUGAAAUUAAGGAACUUGAGAAAGAACGGAAGAAUGGAGAGGAAAAAAUUGAUGGGUUGUUGAAUGAUUUUGAAGACAUGGAGAAAAAUUUGAAGUCCAUUGAUGAGUUACUUGUUGUGGAAGAAAAGAUGGAGAAUUUGAAAGACAAUGCGUUGAUGAGAUUAAGUGAGUUGCUGUCUUCAAACGACUUUGCGUCAGGAAUUUUUGGCGACAUUCAUGUUCACAAUACUGAUUUUAGUAAUGGAAUUAACGCUGCUUUGGCUUCGGAAUUUUCCCAUCUUGAUCAGAUUCUUAUGAAUGGUGAUAACAACUCCGUUUUCAAUCCUGAUUUUCCUGGGAAAAUUGGGAACAAUAGUUUUUUCAAUGCCAAUUUUGAUGUUGGAAUCAACAAUGCUUCAAGUUCUAAUGCAGUUUAUCCUAGUGAGAAUUUUCUGGGUGGAGAGACAAUUAACCAGGGAGUUGAAUUUGGGGCAAUGGUGACAUCUAUUUCCAAUCCUGAAGCUUAUUUUGACCAAAACGAUUCUGAGAAUCUACAGGCCAUGUUUGAUGAAUAUGAAAACAAAAAUCUUCAUUUUUUCUCUUCUGCAGACACAGAUCAAAUUUCUAUUGCAGAUUUUGUUGACCAGAAUGAGGCCAUGCCUCUUGCAACGGUGGAUCAGUUUGGGCAGCUGCUUUCUUAUGGUCUGCCUUAUUUUUUCCAUUGAUCAGUUUGUAUUAUU